UUUUCCGUCUAGAAGCGUGGUUCGUGGUGUUGUGUCCCUUGUGAUAAACCGAUCCAGUAAAUAAACCCGGUUUCCAUUUCCGUAGAGUGCGUGCGGCUCCGUUUCAAUGGGAGCUCCGGUCCAAGGUAGAGGCAACAAACGCGGUAACUUCGGCCCGAAAUCAGGUGGACGCGGCGGCAAGGGACGACAAGGGCGUGCUCCUUUGAAUGGUCAUCCGCCAUUGCCGCCAAUGAGACCGAUGCGAGGAGGAAUGCGCCCUCCCAUGCCGCCCCCGAUGAGAGGUGGCCGGCCACCGAUGAGAGGCAGGCCGAUGAGAGGUCCGCCGGGCCCCAUGAUGGGUCCCAGAGGUCCACCGCCGCCGGGCAUGUUCGGGCCUCCGGGAAUGCGUCCCCCGCCGCCCGGGAUGAGGCCGCCACCGCCGCCACACAUGAUGGGACGUCCACCUAUGCCGCCCCCGCUGCGAGGUGGAUUCAGAGGGAAACCCAGAUUCCCUCCAAACGGCUUCAGAGGCGUGAAUCCCAAAAGUAAGAUGAUAAACAAGAAGAGAGUACAACGACCCAAACAAAAGGCGGCAGACUUGACCAAGGAAUUCGUAACGCAAGCCAUUAAAGACGAGUUCGCGAAGAAAGACGAAUUGCUGGCCAAAGCCAAGGCAUCGCAGGACAAAAAUGACUGGGCUGCAUUCAGAGAGCAAAGGGAGAAGUGCAACCAAAUGUACCAUUCAGCAGAAAUGGACUUCGUUGGGCAGCAGGAGGGCUCUUCAACCCAUCCAGAUGACCCUUAUGAUGGUGAUUCAUAUUGCAGCGAUGAAGAAUAUGAGGAAGACUGUGAUUAUGAGGAGGAGAAUGAAUAUCCUUACGAGGAGGAGUACGAAUAUCCUUAUGAGGAUGAAGAGUAUGAUCCUGAGCAAACAUAUUCCUGUGAUACGUGCGAAAGAAUAUUUUCUAACAGAGCACAGCAUGAGCAGCACAUGUCAGAACACAAGACUUGUGGACUGGACGGGUGCACGUUUACAGCUCACGAAAAAAUCAUAGAGAAACAUGUCCUGAUGCAACAUGCAACGGGAUUGUACGACAAGAUUAGGAAUAUUAAUACGCCCGAGGACAUACAGAAAUGGAUUGCAGAGAGGAAAAGGAGGUAUCCCAAUAAAGAAAACAUUGAAAAGAGGUACAAGGAGCAAGAAGAGAAAAUUAAGAGGGGCGAGAGAAUUGAAAAGAAGAACAACAGAUUCGGAAAAGAUAAAUAUCGAUUAUCAAAAGUCAAUGCAAAGGGUCCAAAAACUACUCAACCUCAACCUCCAACGCACAAAAAGAAAAGCCAACCAAAGAAACCGAAGAAGUCGUCACUGAUUGAUGAAAAGUGUGACUGGAAUGGUACCAUGUUUCCGUUUAAGGGCACAUCAGAAUUAUACUGCGAGGUUGAGAUGAAAGAGGAGAGUGACUAUGACGAUGAUGAGUGGGAUAAUGCGGCCCCAACAAAAACUAAUACAACUAUCAAAUUGAAUAAUGCCUUAGGUGCUUUAAUGGGUGCGUAUAUGUCGGAUGAUGAAGAAAUGGAGGAGGAAGCACCAAAGCCAGAACCAAUAGUUAAAACAGUACCAGUUCCUGUGAACGUAGUACCUGUAAAAGAAGAGACUGAACUAGACGAAGAUGAUGGUCCUCCUUUGGAAGUAAAAAUUCAAAAGGAGGAUCACCAAGAACACAUUCCUGAAAAACCGACAGCUACCACUGAAACAGCCACAACUUCAAACAAAACUUCCAAACGGACGAAAAAUAGGAAACGGGUGGAGACUCGGAAAGAAAAUCGUAGAAACAGGAAUACUGGCAAGUCGAAUACGGGGGAGAAGAAUGAAGGAAAGUUUCCAUAUGAUAAUUUUAAGAAAAGGCCAGUUACUCUGUUGGAGAAAUUACUAGAAAGUGAAAUUAGGCAUGAAAGAAAUGUUUUGUUACAAUGUGUUAGAUAUGUCGUGUCCAAUAAUUUUUUUAUGGAUUCUAAGUCUUGAUUUUUAUGAGUUUAUUCAAUAAAUAAUUGUAAAACGA